AUGGGAAUCUCGGGCUUAUUGCCGCUGCUGAAGAACAUCCAAGUCAAUACACAUGUCAGGAACUACAAGGACCACGUCGUUGGAGUUGAUGCCUAUGUAUGGCUACACAGAGGGGCAUUCGCUUGUGCUUGGGACCUGGCUUUAGGCAAGCAUACCACGAAAUACGUCGACUAUGCGAUGCACCAGGUUAAAAUGUUGCAGCAUCAUGGUGUAAUACCGUAUAUCGUUUUUGACGGAGGGUAUCUGCCCAGCAAAGCAAAAACCGAGAAGGAAAGGCAUGCAAAGCGCCAGGAAAGUCGAAGAGCUGGCAUGGAACUCUUAGCCCAAGGAAAGAAGCGACAAGCCAUGGAUAUGUUCAAGAAAUGCGUGGAUAUCACUCCUGAAAUGGCAUAUCAGUUCAUCCUUGCUCUCAGGAAGGAGAAUGUCGAUUAUGUGGUGGCUCCGUAUGAAGCGGACGCGCAGCUUGCAUACCUCGAGAAGAUAGGUUUGAUUUCGGCGAUCAUCACUGAAGACUCAGAUCUACUGGUGUUUGGCUGCAAGUGUGUGCUACUGAAAAUGGAUCAGUACGGCGAGUGCAUCGAGAUUCGACGGGAGCGAUUUUCGGCGGUGACAGAAGUAAGCUUGGUGGGCUGGACUGACCAGGACUUUCGACACAUGGCCAUUCUUUCGGGCUGCGAUUACUUAGCCAGCAUUCCAGGCAUGGGUCUCAAAACGGCGCAUCGAUUGCUUCGGAAAUACAAAACCGUCGAACGAGUGCUACGGGCUGUACGAAUGGAGGCUGGGUUCAAAGUGCCUGAGAACUACGACACGCAGUUCAAAAUUGCCGACAAAACAUUCCUACACCAAUGGGUAUACUGUCCUUUAGCACAGAGACUUGUAAUGUGGAAUGAGCCAGACUCACCUUUGACCGAAGAGACAAUCGCUUUUAUUGGGCGUGAGUUGGACCCGGAGACUGCACGCGCUGUUUCCUCUGGUGCUCUUAACCCCAACAGUCUGGAGCCGAUAACUUUGAUGGAAGGAGACAAGGAGAAUGUGAAGCCGCACAAGUGGCUGACAAAGUGGUCGACACCUUCGAAGUCAAAAUUGUCUCCGGGCAACAACAAAUCAAUUACCUCAUUUUUCUCUCCCAAAGCCCAAAGCGCGGCAGCAGAGAAACCAGGAGCACCUCCACACCAAGAAAAUACAUCACCGACGCAUGGCAAGCGUGGUCAUGCCAUUGGGGCCGCGAAGAUCUUCAAGCAACCCGAAGGAAGACACAUCAAGCGGACGAAGUCGGAUGUCCAAAGCGAGCAACAGACGGCCAUCAGUCCUUACUUCAACACUGCUGCUGCACCGCAGACUCCGCCAUUCCAGGAUAUCACCAAUAUGUUUGGAGCCGUUGGUGAAGCUGUUGACACUCAGCAAGUUGAGCAGGUCUCUAUUACUGAGAAGGGCAAGCAACAUAUUGAGGAGCCGUUUUCGGAUGACUUUCUUACUCCUGACGAGCUCGCGAACCUCAGUGGACCGACGGUUGAGACUGUGCACACGAAACCGUCUGAAAUUCGGAAGUUCACGUCAGUUUCCUCAGUUAAGGAAUCCGUGGUGGUUAUGCCGAAUAUCGAACGAUCAGAGUCAACGCUCGAAGACAAUGUCAAAAACGUCGCUACCGGUUGGCGCGAAAGAUAUGCGCGUUCUUCGCCAGUCACUGCCAAUGCGAAGCCAGUCAGUGCUCUGGCUCGUAUGGGCAUGUCUGUCUUAUCGAGGUCUAACAGCAGAAAGCCUCCGUUCCUCCUUAGGCGGAGUAGCUCCUCCAUGACUUCAGUCAACGUAGGAGCUCAGUCACAAUCGCAGUCUGAUUCGCAGUCGUCAAGUUUGUUUGACGGCUCGUCUCAGAUUUCACAAAUUUCAGAUACCACAGUGAGCACAUCUAGCCUCGAACAGUACAGAUAUAAGGGUUGA